AUAGAGAAAAGUAUGAUUCUGAUGAAAGUAAGCAGAGACUCAGAUAGGAGCACGAUGCUGAAGGAGAAGGAGUUCUGAUAACAGCCUGUUGGAAACAAAUGUAAAGACCAAGAUGACUCAAAAUUCAUCAGCUGAGCAGGAAUUUUUCGAGCUCUCACAGGAACGCGUUCAGUCUCGGGAAUCAAGGACAUUCGUCAGGAACCAGUGGUUUGGGCUCCUAUUUUGUCAAUUUUGUCUUGCCUCCUGUAUCACUGGUGCAAUCAUGGGGUUGGGAUAUUACUUUCUACGGGAAAAACCUCUAGCCACUCAAGCCCCUCUUCCCUGUCUCUCUCCAGCAUGUAUGAGAGUAGCAGAACGUCUUUCUGCAGUCAUUGGUCCUCAACCCUGUGAUUACUUCCAGUUUAUUUGUAAAGCAGAAAUUUCAGCCAAGAGCAGUGGGAAACACAAAAGUAUUAUCAUCUCUCAUAAUGUUACUGGAACAGAAGAGGUGAGAAGUGGAGUGGUGAAAGGUGGUGGGAGGAGAACGGACAGCGAGUCAGACAGUGAAAGAAAGAGUGAUCACAGUUUACCUGACAGACAGACGGCUUUGCUCGAAGCAAUAAAAGAAAUUCUGGAGUCUCCGAAAAGAGAUAUUACCAGAGCUGCACAGAAGGCACAGAUGUUCUAUAACACCUGCAUGAGGUCUAACAAUACACUAAAUGAGAGCAUAUAUAAUGCCCAAACUCUAAUUCAGCAGUUUGGUGGUUGGCCUGUGCCUGUGGGCUGGAAGCAGCCUGAGUUGAACUCCACUCUGGCUCUACUGAUGUCGAAGUACAACACCUUCUCUUUCUUCAAUGUGUAUGUGGGCCCUGACCAAAAUGGGAGCAAGAACUACAUACAGAUUGAUCAACCAGAAUUCCAGUUCCCGAUUGAAUGGAACAGCCACACGAACAGAUCCAAAUUCAACUCACAGUCUCUGCGUCCAUUCUUCUCAUCCUGUAGGGAGCUUUUGACUCUGCUGGAUGUUUCCUUCAUUAGCAGUACUCAGCACUGUGGGUUGUAUAUGUCUCUGAGUUCAACUCUAGUUACUAACACUUCACCUCACUCCCACCGACUCAGCCACAAUCUUCUGUACCAUCACAUCACCAUUCAGGAGUUACAGGAGAUGGCCCCUGCAAUUGAUUGGCUCAAAUGCCUUCAAGCUAUAUUUCAUCCUGUUCCUGUCAGCAAGUCAGAUAUUGUGUUAUUGCAUAAUCUUCCUUAUAUCAUCUACAUGUCAGAAACUAUUAGCAGUUGGAGGCAGACACAUGAGAAAAUAAACAGUUUUCCUCUCCAUUCUUUUAUGAUCAUGAAUCUUCUGCAAACACUCAUGCCUGCUCUGCACAACACAUUUAUGCCGACCAUGAAACACUUCUCUUUAGCAAUUGACAAUGAAAAUGAGGUUGUGCCUGGUUGGAGACACUGUGUACUGCAGACUGUGAAAGGUUUUGACCUUUUGAUCAGCCAUUUACUCAAAGACUAUUAUGUUGAUAAAGAGGGUGAAAAGCUGAUCAGUGAUAUUUACAACACAUUCAAGACCAAAGUAGCCUCCCUUAACUGGCAGAAUAAGGACACACAGGAUUUCAUGGUAAAUAAGAUUAAGUCUCUCACACCAAGACUCUCCACUAACAGUGAAUUAUUCAGUCAGCUGAAAAUUGAUGAGCAUUUUGGAGAGGUGAUUAUGAGUGAGAAGCUCUAUUUUUCCAAUUACCUGCAGAUGCUUGGUCUUCAGCAGAAGAUGAGGAGCAGAAUGCUCACUCAAACUGAACAGCCUUACACAGAUGUUUUGUCCAUCCAACCAAUUUUCUUUGGAAAUGACAUCAUCAUCCCAGUUGGAAUGUUUGUGUCACCACAGUUUCAUUCUUCCUAUCCAAGGGCUGUUAAUUAUGGGAUGUUGGGAACCUUAAUUGCAAAAGACCUUCUGCAUCUGCUGUUGCCUGAUAUUCUAUCUCAGUCAGAAAGUGCUGUGCUGGUGAGUGAGUGUGUGUGGUCACACUAUCUCAAAACACAGAAGGGAACUUCCUCACUCUCCCCAUCCCAGCAGCAGGAGGUGUGGGUGCAGUACUCUGCCCUUCAGGUGGCUCUACUAUCAUAUAAUAAGAGUUUGCAGAGGAAUUCGAAUGACACCUCUGUGUCAGGACUCUCCCACACUCAUCUAUUUCUUGCCUCAUUCAUCCAGGCAAGCUGUGACUCAGGGUCAUAUAAAGCAUACCUGCCAUUCGAACCCUCCUUCCUGGUGACUGUACUGUGUGUAAACUCUGUGCACUGUCCCAGACCCCUGACCUGUGUGGAUACCAGAUCUCAGAGACAACUUUCUACCCUGUGUUAGAUGCUUGAGUCUGCUGAGGAACAUCAUAGCUGGCAAUAAAGUGGACAAUAAAACAAUAUUAUGCUACUCAGAAAUUGAAUGGAUUUAAAGAGCAUCAGUGGAGACCAUGACAGUCACACAGCAUAUAAAUGAAUUACAAUAUUUCACAAUUAUGUAUGUACACGUUUGGUUUUUCAAUUAUUAUUAUCAACAUAUUUAUCCCAGUC